GAGAGACACAGAGGAAGAGAGAUUAAAUGCAGAAGUGGAGAGUGAUGGAUGGGGGUUUAAAAAACCCAUAUUGAGAUGGAAGAGAGCGAGGAGAGAGAUGGAGAGAUGCAUGGAAGUGCCGGAGUAUAUGGUGAAGGGAAGUACCGAUGAGGGGAGAGAGAAAGAGUUAGCCAAAAAAAUAUAGUUUUUUUUAAAGAAACAAUGGGAGGGAUUAAGUCGGAUUUGGAUUGAAAUUUAAGAGUAGUGGUGUGUUGAGGUCCCAUGCUUGUAGGUGUAGGAGAGUCCUGUAAUAUCCAAAUUUUGGUUUUAAGUGAGGGGGACCCAACCUUCCAAAUUUGUCCCAGACGAACCCAUUUAGGACGAAACCCAAGGAAGACGAACCCAUUUAGGACAAAACCCAAGGAAUCCUCAGGCUUGAGAGAGAGAGAGAGAGAGAGUGAGAGAUUGGUGGCUUCAGAGGUGGGGGUCCUAGUGAAAUGUUUUGUGCUUCGGAUUACAUGCGAAAUGAAGAGAGAGAAGCAACCCAACAUGGAAAAGUGGAACAAAAGUUUGGAAUGGGCAGAACUGGUUCUUCCAUGGCUGCCCCCCCAAGACUUGGCUUCUCUCUCUACAACUUGCAAAUCUCUCCACCAAAUUGCAAAAUCCAUCACUGAUUACAGAGUCUCAGACACAUCGAGGGGCCUCGAAAAGCACUCAAUCCCCAUCUCCAACACCAUUGACAAAACCCUCUACCCUUAUUUCCUCUACACCCCAUUCCCAGUCUUGGGUCUUUCUCACUCAUCCUCCCUGAGCCAGCCAUGGGGAAAGCACUCUCUCUCCAAAGAUAUAUCUCCUCCAAUGGGUCUUCAAAAUGUGGAUUCUCUAACAAUGGGGUCUCCUGGUUGUGGCUGUGGUGAUUGUUUUCUGAAUGAAGAUGGGAAGAAGUGCGGGUGCAGGGAUUUUGGGGGUGGACUUUUAGAGGGAGGUUUGGAAUUUGGAGCAAUUUUGGAGUGUGGGUCUGGAUGCAAUUGCAAAGAAGAAUGCAGGAACAGAGUCAAUCAAAAGGGGAUAUCAGUGAGAUUGAGAGUUGUGAAGCACGAAUCCAAAGGUUGGGGGUUGCACGCCGCACAGCUUAUUCGUCGUGGAGAAUUUGUUUGCGAAUAUGCCGGUGAAGUCCUAACUACAAGUGAGACUAAGAAAAGGCAGCUCCUUUACGAUGAGCUUUCCAAGAAAGGCCGGUUUUCUCAUGCACUCAUGGUUGUGCGUGAGCACUUGCCUUCAGGUGAGGCAUGCCUAAGGGUCAACAUCGAUGCAACGAGGCUCGGAAAUGUGGCUCGUCUCAUCAACCACUCUUGUGAUGGGGGUAACCUCUCUCCAAUCUUAGUGCGUACAAGGGGCAGGCUUCUUCCCCGCCUUUGCUUAUUCGCCUCAAGAGAUGUGGCCCUAGGGGAGGAGCUCACAUUCAGUUAUGGGGCUUCUUCUAGCCUUGGUUCAAAAGCCUUGUCUCUGUGUUUUUGUGGAAGUGCUGGUUGUUUGGGUGUUCUCCCAUUUGAACAAACAUGAGGGUGCAAUUGGCAUAUGGAUGCAUCCGUAGCUGUAGCGGUAAGCGUAUUACAACGAGUUAUCGUUUAGGGGUUGGGAGGAGAGGGCUUGAGGAGGAUUAGCAAUUGAAGGAGUUGGGAGGAGAGGGCUUGAGGAGGAUUGGCAAUUGAAGAUGAGAAAAAUUAAUAUUAGGAGGCAUGAUUCUUAGGUAAAAUAAUAAUAAUAGCAAUAACAACCACCACCACAACAACUACUGAACGAUAUAAUGAUAGUGAAAUUUGUAAAAAUAUCCCGUUUUAAUUUCCAAAAUUGAGAAUAGUCUUUUAUAUUUUCCUAUGUUACACUCCUCUCAGUUUUUUAGAGUCUAUAGUGUAUUUUAAUUUAAUUUUUCAAUAAUUGGAUUAGAUCAAAUUUGGCCGUUUGUAAAAAAAUGAAAAAAAGAUUGUUCAAUACUAAAAAUGGCCAAAAUACCCCGUCAUGACUUAGGGGUAUUUUGGUAAUUUUAGUUAUUUGAAAGUGUAGUGUGUUAUUUUUACAGGUAUGUGAUGGAAAGAAAUGUGCAUGUCCCAAAUUUGAGCUUAUUCGAUGUUUAUAUAUAUAUAUAUAUAUAAAAGGAAAAUCUUCAUGUUAACCCAAGGGCUAAUAGGAAGAAGAUAUGAGCCCAACAAUUCACAUUGAAUAUGGGUUGAUCUGAUGGUCAUGAUUUCAUUUUGUGUUUGAAUUUUAAUAUUUUUUUAUAAACCUAAAUCACUUAAAAUUUUAGACGUGUGUUAUUCUCA